AUGGCUGAUGAAGCUCAAUUUGUUCCGACCAAAAGAGGAGGGGAAAGUCUAAUCUACAGAGAAUUCAAGUUUCGAUUGAACAGAAAAGGAAGGGAUGGCAAAAGACACUGGAAAUGUAUCGUAGAGACGUGCAGGGCUAAUGCAGUUACUGAUAGAGCAAAUAGCGUCAUUAAAGUAGGAGAACACAACCACCUAUCGAACCCAGCCAAACUAACAGCAGAAAAGAUCGUGCGUGGGAUUAAACGACGGGCAUUCGAAGAAGUUGUUCCCAUACCCCGUAUCUAUCAAGAAGAAGUCGCAAACUCUGCAGAACAAGGAAUUCUAUCGGACGAUGUCUCGGUGUAUCUUCCCAACUUUAUCGGAUGUCAUACAGCGGCUUAUUCGCAUAGAAGGAAGCAAAUGCCAUUACUACCUGCCUUACGGGAAGAUAUCAUAUUGGAGGGACAGUGGCGGCAAACGGCCGAUGGUGGAGAUUUUUUAAUUGCGAACGAUGGGGAUAUUGAUAAGCUCAUCAUAUUUGGGAGUGUGGAAAGCUUGAUGAAAGUCGCCAUAGCAGACACUGUGUUCAUGGAUGGAACAUUUUAUAUAGCACCAAACAUUUUCACCCAACUGUACACAGUACAUGCGAAAAUAUACGGACAGAUCUUCCCGCUCUUAUAUGGAUUAUUACCGGACAAACGCCAAGCCACAUAUGAACGCUUUAUCCGUCUCAUCAGCGACAAAAUUCGUGAAGUGAACGAAAACGUGGCCUUCAACCCGAAUACAAUAGUCGUGGAUUACGAAAUGAGCGCUCUUCAAGCAUGUCGUGGGGAAUUGCCGGGGGCACAACUAAAAGGAUGCAGAUUUCACUUCGGUCAGGCAAUACAUCGAAGCGUGCAGAGACUAGGAUUAGCAGCACAGUACCGUGAUGCAGACAACAUGGAUCCCAUCCGUAAAUGGAUCAGACGAACGCUCGCCCUGCCUUUAGUACCCCUUGACCGCCUUGACGAAGUGUGGAUGACGACGAUGAACGAAGCACCCGCCAUCCUACAGGCUGCUGCUUUCAAUGACUACGUUACGGCGAAUUGGAUAGACGACAUGGAUGCAAGAUUCGACCGAACUCUAUGGAAUCAUUAUGACAGGCUUGAUCAACCACGAACAAUCAAUGCUGUGGAGGGGUGGCACCACAAGAUUAAUACGUACACCGGCCAUGCUCACCCAAACCUCUACGAACUAGUUCGCUUCCUCAAACGAGAAGAAAUGUUUCAAAGGUCAGAGAUUCAGAGACUCGAAGCCGGCGGCCGACCAAAACCGAGGAGAGCCACAUAUGUACGCGUUGACGAACGCAUGUUACGCCUCAAAGAACAAUACGUCAAUGGAGAGAGGGACAUAAUGAGUUACGUUGAUGCCAUCAGUUACCUUGUCUGACAUAAUAUCAUGAUAUGUAUUUUCCACCUUGUUUGACUUUAUAUGUGCUGUACCUACAUGUAUGUUAUGACAUGGGUUUUACAGCUGAUUUUGAUAAUUUGAUAAUUAUGAGAAUGUACAAUAUUAUGUAUUUUUAUCAAAAACUCAUGAAUUCAGUUUUCAUAAACAAAUAAACAAAAUAAACGACUGCUUUACUCUACUUAAUCUAUUAGUUUUUACUGUGUGUCAGUAUGGUCCUAUGGUCCUAUGGUCAAAUAAGUCCCGGACUGUCCCCGCUUUCAAGGUGACUCUUUCAAAACGGUCAUGGCAUGGUUUGUUAACAAAGUUGAUGGCAUUUGAUUAGUCAAAUUGUCAUCACAUCGUUAACAUCAUCCAAUUGUCCCCUCACAUUUUCCCCAUAAAAUGGACAUGCAUCCCUAAGGUUCCCCGUGGGAGAGUCGAUUUAUUGUAG